AUGGAAGGCCGUGUCAACUUGCCACCGAAGAUCAUGCUUGACAUUAUUUCAAGGCUGCCAGUGAAGCACGUGUGCCAGUGCAAGUGUUUAUCAAGGGCAUGGCGGUCCAUACCCUCCGAUCCUGAUUUCGUUGCAAAGUACAAUAAGGAUGUGUUCUUCCAAGGAAGGCGCCUCCUCUUUACUGUUCUUUAUGACCACUGGAGACCAGAGAUAUACUCUUUGAAUCUCGAGCAGUUUCUCAAUGAGAAUCAAAAUGUUGAUGUUGGUGGUUUAGCAGCACCCCUCCGCUUUGUGUUCAAUCAUCUUCCAAACCAUGCACUUGAUUGGUUUCCCUUUGUUCAUUAUUCCUGCUAUGCCUUGUUCUUGUCCCAGUCAUAUUCUGGUUACAGUUUGAUCAACCCUGUAACCAAGGAAUCAAAUAAACUACCAGAGGCACCAAUAUGGAGACGACCAAUGAAGCCCUUUUCUCGGCACACAUAUGGAGUUGGAUUUGAUCACUCCACCAAUGAAUACAAGGUGAUUAACGGGCAGGAUUAUGGUGAUGGAAUUGUGUUUAGUGUCUAUACGUUGCAGACUGAUUCUUGGCGACAGAUUGACGGCUUGUUUCCCUACAAAGCUCUCGGUUAUGAUGGAAUCGUGGUGAAUGGAGCUGUUCAUUGGUUGGUGAGGAAGGUUGCAGAUCGAUCAUUAGUGAUUAUAUCUUUCAUUUUAGCAAGGGAGGAGUUCAGUGAAAUUCCAGUACCACCCAUUCCAAGUACUCUUUCAAUUAAACUAGGGGCAUUUAGAGAUUGGCUGUGUAUAACAUUAGUAUCAAAACAGACUAAAACCUCAGCGAAGAAAACACGGACAGCAUAUAAUGAGUUUUGA